AUGGAGGCAUCUUCUGUGAUUUCCUGCAAGGGGUGUGCCCCCUGGCAGGGGCUCCUGCUCACAGCCUCCCUUUUGACCUGCAGUCACCUUGCCACCUCUGCUCAGCUCCGUGUUGAAGCAGUGCCACCCAGUGUCGCUAAAGGCGAAAGUGUCCUUCUGCUGGUUCACAACCUCCCACAGAAACUUCGAAGCCUCUUCUGGUACAAAGGGGUGAAUGUGUUCAAGAAUCUUGAGGUUGCCCGACACACAAUAGCCACUAAUUCAACUGUGCAGGGACCUGCAUACAACGGUAGAGAGACACUAUACAGCAAUGGAUCCCUGCUGAUCCGCAAUGCCACCCGGAAGGAUGCUGGAUUCUACACCCUACGAACCCUGAGCACAGAUCUGAACGCUGAAGUAGCACAUGUGCAACUCUAUGUGGACACAUGCUGUUUGACCUGUGUUCACCCUCCUGCCCCUGCUCAGCUCCGAAUUGAAGCUGUGCCACCCAGCGUGGCUGAAGGUGGAAGUGUUCUUUUACUCGUCCAUCAUCUCCCAGCGAGUCUUCGAGCCCUUUUCUGGUACAAAGGGGUGAAUGUGUUCAAGAAUCUUGAGGUUGCCCGACACACAGUAGCCACCAAUUCAAGUGUGCAGGGACCUGCAGGCAACGGUAGAGAGACACUGUACAGCAAUGGAUCCCUGCUGAUCCAGAACGUUACCUGGAAUGACGCUGGAUUCUACACCCUACGAACCCUGAGCACAGAUCUGAACGCCGAAGUAGCACAUGUGCAACUCCAGAUGGACACCUCCCUUUCUACCUGCUGUAACCCUCUCACCUCUGCCCCACUCACGAUCAGUCCAGUGCCAAGGAAUCCCGGUAAAGGACAAAAUGUUCUUCUCCGUGUUCAUAAUCUGCCCAAAGAUCUUCGAAUGUUUUUUUGGUACAAAUCUGCGUACAGCACCCAGAACCUUAAAAUUGCAGAAUAUAGCGGAGCCAUGAACUACGUCAGCAGGGGGCCCGCACACAGCCGAAGAAUGACGGUGUACACCAACGGAUCCCUGCUGCUCCAGGACGUCGUUGAGAAAGAUUCAGGGUUUUAUACACUAGAAACUUUAAGCAGAGAUUUCCAAACUGAAAAGACACACGUGCAGAUUCAUAUAAGCCCUUGCAUUCACCCUUCUGCCACUGACCAGCUCACUAUCGAGCCAAUGCCACCCAAUGUUGCUGAAGGGAAAAAUGCUCUCCUACUUGUUCAUAACAUCCCAGAGAACCUUCGGUCCUUUUCCUGGUACAAAGGGGUAGCCACUCUCAAGAGACAUGAGAUCGCGCGGAAUGUCAUAAAAACUAACAAGAGUAGUCUGGGACCUGCAUACACCGGCAGACAGACAGUAUACACUAAUGGAUCCCUGCUGCUGCACAAUGCCACCCGGGAGGACGCUGGAUUCUACACCCUACGAACCCUAAAUACACGGCGUGAAAGUCAAGAAACACACGUGUACCUCCAUAUAUACGGGCCUGUGACACAGCCCUUUAUUCAAGUCACUGACACUACAGUCAGAGAACAGAGCUAUGUGGUUUUCACCUGCUUCUCAGCCGACACUGGAAUCUCCACCCAGUGGCUCUUCAAUAGCAAGAACCUGAAGCUCACAGAGAGGACGACCCUGUCCGCAACCAAGUUCCAGCUCAGCAUAGAUCCUGUCAGGAAGGAGGAUGCUGGAGAGUAUCAGUGUGUGGUCUCCAACCCGGUCAGUUCGAAGACCAGUCUCCCGGUCAGCCUGGCCGUGAUGAAUGAGUGA